AUGCCUGAAAUGAAACGUAUUUUGGAAGAAUACAAUAAGGUUUGGGAAGAUACCAAACAGAAAUUUGGUGCAAAUUAUAUUUAUUCUGAGGGGAACUUUUUAUUUUUGGAGUAUUUACAAAGUCAAGAUUAUCAGCGCAUCAGUGACUUGAGUCUGCCAAUCCAUGUUGCGAAAGCUACCUUACGAAAACUGGCCCAAUUUCAUGCUUCUUCUUUGGUAUAUUUGAAAAAGUGCCCUGCUGAUGAUGUAAUACCAAAGGUUCCGCUAUUAUUGGCUAACGAUGAGAUUGAAAGACGCUUGUACGCUGCCAUUAAGAUUAUAGAAGGAUAUUGGCCCGAAUUUAAAGAUAUAACUACCAAACUACGCAGUUAUGUGGAAACAAUUAAUAAGAGCAUUACUGGUUUGAUGGCCAACAAACUUUCCCAAUAUAAAAUCAUUGCACUUGGUGAACCGUCCAUUAAAAACAUGCUCGUUGAAACAAUACAACGUGUUACCUCUAAUGUCAGAAUUCUUGAUGCAAAUGUAGUAUUUCAUCCUGCUAAUGGAAUUGUUUUCCAAACUCCGCCAUUGUUGGCUAAAGACGAUGUAGAAAAACGCAUGCAUGCUGCCAUUAAAGCUGUGGAGGAGAUUUUCCCUCAGUUUGAGGAAAUCUGUACAAAAAUGCGCAAAAAUGUGGAUUCAUUUCAUCAACGCAUUACUGAUUUGCUGGAGAAAAGACGUUGUCAGUUCAAAGUGAUCGCGCUUGGUGAUUUAUCAAUGCAGAAUAUCAUUUUUGAUGGCAAAUGUGGAAGAUAUUCUUUGUUUAAAAACUUCGAAAGCUGUUUUAUUGGCAGUUGCGGUUACGACUUAAAUUUCUUCUUUAACGCCUGCGUAAGCUUGAAAGUAUUAGCCUUGCAUCGUUAUGACUUACUUCGAGUCUACCAUCAGCACCUGACUCAGAUAUUAAAUUUUUUUGACGAUUGCUUCGUUCCGAGUUUGCAAACAAUUUUGGAUGAAGUGCGGGAUUUGGAAUUGUUUGGUUUCUAUGUAUUGCUUUGCAAAAUGCCUUUUUGCGAUGAAGAAAGCGAUUUUCGAAAAGGAUAUGUUAUGGAAAAGUCGGUUGUCAAGACUUUCGCAUUUGAAGAAGAUUACGAAAGAGUACUCCAUGAAGAGGACAUUCAGGAGAUAUUAAAAUAUGGGCUUGACCGUUUCAACGAUCUUCGUUUGUGGGACGACAACACAAAUGAUAAUGUGAUUAAGAAGGAAAAACAGGAAGAUGCAUAUGGAUUCGUUAUGUUGGAAAGGCUAACUAUUUAA